AUGGAGCCACGACCAGAGGGAGCUGUCCAACAGGGUACCCAGGCACCACCACCGCAAGUGCCGGUGGAGGCGGUCACCGAUCGGGUGACGCAGCUGCAGGACAAAAUCGAUGGGCUUGGCGAGAAAUUCUACACAUUCAUCGGCGUACUGCAGCAAGAUGCGCCGCCCUUGCCCUUUGAUGAGUUCAAACAUCUCAAUCGAACAGCGGACGGUCCCAAAACCGUGGCCAACGGUGCCAACGCCGCCGUGGCAGACGGGGGACCGGUCCUGCCCGUCCUUCCCUCGAUGCCCAUGCCCGAGCCCGCCGCGCCAGUCCCCACCGGCCCGACGAUGGAGGUCAUGGAGGGCGAAGCCGCCAACAUGGCUGCUCUCCUGCUCAACAACGUGAAAGAGGUGGACAUGCUGAUCGACUCGCUGCCGGGGAUCAACUCGACCAAGCCCGAGCAGCUCAAGCGCCUACAGGAACUGGAGAAGCAAAACCAGCACACGGCUCAGAGCCUGCGAGAGACGCUGUCCUGGGCCGAGGAAACGCUGGUGCUGGUGCAGCAGGCGCUGGCCGAGAUCUACGCCGACAGACUGCAAUCGAUGAACGAGCAAGCGCAGCUAGACCGGGGGGGCACCCUGCCUUUCUGGGAGUUCGGUGGUAGCGCCAUCGUGUCUGAGGAUAGGAUUCGCCUGACCCCCGCUCUCCAGAGCCGUGUGGGCUGGGUCUGGAACUCUGUGGCGGCCGACAUGGACGCGUGGGAAGUUCAAAUGGACUUUGAGAUCGGCGGUGGCGGCAGCCGAGGCGCCGACGGCAUGGCUCUCUGGUAUGUGGCUGAGCCCAAGAAGGAGGGCAUCAGCAUGGGCAGCGCGGAGGAGUACCGCGGCAUGGCCGUCUACUUCGACACCUUUGACAACGACGGCCAGCGUUACGAUCCCUUCGAUGACGGCAGGCGCGGCGAGAAGGCCUCCUGCAGUAACCUCAACCGCGAAACAAGGUCCAAGAUGCGCGUGAUCUAUCGCGACGGAGUCAUCCAGGUGGAGACCGACGAUGGAGCUGGCCACUGGGUGCCCUGCAUCACUCAUCACGAGUCGCUGCCCAAGGGCUACUACUUUGGUUUGAGUGCGGCCACUGGACACCUCACCGAUAACCACGAUGUCUUUUCGUUCAUCACCUACAACCUCGACCCGUGGCGCCGUCGCCCUCCCGUUCCUCCAAGGCAGCAGGAAAUUGAGCCGGAGCCCGAGCACGUGGAGACCGUCCAGUCGACCGAGCCCGUUAAGCCCAACCCUUAUCUUCCCAAGGAUCCCCCUAACCCUUAUCUUCCGCAACAGCAACAGCAGCAGCACGAGCAGCAGCAGCAGCAGCAACAACAACAGCCGCGAUCGCAGGAGGACACCAACAAGCUCACCAGCAAGCUGGAUCAGCUGACCUUCAAGGUGGAGGCUGUCAACGACAUGCGCCAGCCCGCGGACAACAACGACCUGACCCAAGAGAUCAAAGGCGCCCUCCGCGAGGUGCGAGUGCUCCAGGACUCAGUGAACGAAUUCCGCCGCGUCGUGAUGGAGGAGCUGUCCGCCGUGAACAAGCUGGUCGGCGACCUCAAGGGCCACGUCUCGGCCGAGCAGGGCAACACCUACAACAACGUGGCCCGCCUCAUCCGCGAACUCCAGCAGCACGUUACCUCCGUCCAGACUCUUGUCGAGAACAACGCUCUCCAGGAGCUCAAGAGCGGCAAGGAGGAGCUCAAGAGCGUCGUGGAGAAGAGCGGCUCCGUCGCGUGGUGGAUCUAUUUUUGCUUCUUCCAGGUGUGCUUCGGCGUGGCCUUCAUCAUGUGGAAGAAGGCCAAGGACGAUGCCAACAAGAAAUUCCUCUAG